GAGAGUAAGCGGAAGACGAAGUUUGCGGCUUAGAGUUGUGGUCGCUGAUGCAGACUGAACAGACGCCGAAGUAGUGGUUGAGCUCCUCCACGGGCUGCCCCUCGCCCUCACGCAGGCCGGGUCGUACAUGGGCGACACAGAUGCGACCGCGACCGCGUAUGCGAAGCACUACAACCGCACAUGGAGCCAGUUGAUGGCGGAGGAGGCGCGCUUCCCACUGGAGGAGUAUGGCGACCGAAGUGUGUUGACAACCUGGACCAUGUCGUACGAGCAGGUCUGCCGGCGGAGCGAGGUGGCUCCUGGCUUGCUGAAGCUAUGGGGGUUUCUGGAUAGUGGGGAGCUGUGGUAUGAGCUGAUCGCGGCAGGCUCGGACUUGGCAGCAGAGAUGCAUGUCCCGACAUGGCUGCUAGAGUCGGCUAAAAAUGAGCUAGCGUUCAAUGCGGCGAUGGGGCUGUUAUCACGCUACUCGCUUGCGGAUGGAAAAGAAGGCACGGGUAGCCACUCGAUGCACUCAGUGCUGCAUCGAUGGUGCGGGUACCUGGCAGAAGACAAAGAGCGGCAAGAGCUAGGUUGCUUGGCGGCAGGGCUAGUGGCGUCGGGUGUGCCUGUGAAGUCAGACAUGGAGUAUUCGAAGAAGCGGAAGCGGAUAGUUGCGCACGGUCUCUAUGUCAGUGGAUGGAUCGAAGAGGGCGGCGGAUUGGAUGAUGAGAGGGCGGUCGGGGCGUUGAUACGGCCAGACUGUUUUCACAGCAUUGGGUACUUGCUCAGUGAUGAAGACAGGCAGCGUGCAGUGCAGAUGUACCAGCGGGCGCUGCAAGGCUUUGAGAAGGCAUGGGGACCAGAGCACACAUCAACACUCGAGACAGUCAACAACUUGGGCAACCUCUAU